AUGUCGCGUCCGCCCAGCAAUUAUCCUUCUCGCAGCGGCACACCACGUUUAAGAGACGUUGUUCACGAAGUCAUGAAGAACUUUAGGCACGAGAAAGAGUCGGAGGCUCACCAGAUCUUCCGUCAGACCGCCGGUCACCAGCCCAAGGGUAUCCUCCCCCAGACAAUCAACCCCGAUGAAGAGACCGUGCCAGGCAUCGAACACCCCGGCUCCACCGGUGUCAUCUACUGCUCCGACCGCGCUAUGGCCAACGGCUUCAGCUACGCCAAAUCGCACGAGUGGGCCAACCUCGGCCAGGGCGCGCCCGAGGUGGGCCCCAUCCCCGGCGCCCCGGAGCGCCCGAGCUCGAUUGAGAUGCCCUUGGAAUCGCUCGAGUACGCCCCCACCACGGGUGUCAAGGAGCUCCGCGAUGCGGUCGCGAACCUGUACAACCACACCUAUCGCCAGGGCAAGGACAGCCAGUACACAUACGAGAACGUGUGCAUCGUUCCCGGUGGUCGCGCUGGUCUCUCGCGUGUCGCUGCCGUUAUUGGCGAUGUCUAUACCUCGUAUCAGAUCCCGGAUUACACCGCCUACGAUCAGGUUCUGAGUGCUUUCAAGCGCCUCGUGCCCGUGCCCACCGCACUGGACCCCAAGGCCAAGUACAAGCUUGACAUCGAGCAAACCAAGAGGGACAUCCACACCCAGGGUCUCGCCGUUAUUCUCGCAUCCAACCCUCGGAAUCCCACCGGCCAGGUUAUCAAGGGCAAGGAUCUGAAGGACCUCGUCGCCCUCUCCCGCGAGAGUACGACGGUCAUCCUUGAUGAGUUCUAUUCUUGGUACAUCUACCCCGAGAACGAACAGGACUUUGGCCAGUCUGUCUCCUCGGCGGAGUACGUCGACGAUGUUAAUGCUGACUCGGUCGUCAUCAUCGAUGGUCUCACCAAGAACUGGCGUCUGCCGGGUUGGCGUAUCUGCUGGGUCAUCGGCCCCAAGAACCUGAUCACUGCGCUCUCGCAGUCUGGUUCGUUCUUGGAUGGCGGUGCUAACCACCCCAUGCAGCUAGCUGCUAUCCCUAUGCUUCAUCCCGACCACGUUGCCAAGGAAAAGCUCGCGCUCCAGAAGCACUUCAAGGCCAAGCGCGACCACGUCCUCAAGCGGCUGCACGAUCUCCACCUCGACGUCGACGUCCCGCCCGACAGCACGUUCUACAUCUGGCUCAACCUCGAGAAGCUUCCGCCCCCGCUCAACAACGGCCUGACCUUCUUCGAGGAGCUGCUCAAGGAGCAGACGAUCGUCAUCCCCGGUAUCUUCUUCGACAUCAAUCCGUCGCACCGCCGCAACCUGUUCAGCUCCCCCUGUCACCACUUUGUCCGCCUGUCCUUUGGCCCUCCUCUGGAGGACCUUGACAAGGGUCUCGAUGCGAUGGCAAAUGUCCUUGCCAAGGCUAAGUCCGGCACGAAGAAGAUGGGCCACAGCUACAGGAAGUCGCUCGAGAUCCACCCUCAUGAUCACAUCUAG